AUGGACCUAACUGUCCACUCCAGCACCACAUGUUUCAUGGCCAUAAGAGAGGCUGACGAUGACUUUGGAGGAUUGGAUGAAGAUGAGGACAGCCCAGUGGACAUCCUGCACUCCAUGGCCCAAUAUGCGGCCUGGGAGGCAGAGCAGGAUUCACAACUAUCUCAAGCCCACCUCAGCUCACUGCUGCAUGUGUUCGCGGGCACCAGCAGCACCACCGGGCCAGACCCCAUGUUAAUGCUGGAACAGAGUGUUGAAAUGCUCGUUCAGGACAUGGACACCUACUCUGUUAUGCUGGAUCAGCUUGAAGACAUGGCGGCAGUCUGCACCGUGGAGGGUGGUGGCAUCAAGAGUGGCAACACCCUUGCAGAAGCGAUUUUGUGCCUGCUGAAUACCAGCCUUGCAACCACCCAUCUGCGUGCGCUACUCACACGCGUGUGUGGAGGCAGCGGCAGCACACGCGCGGUCCAGGCUUGGAAGCACCUGCAAGAGCUCCUGAUGCCUAAUGUGCUAGGGAACGUCGUGUGCUGGGACAACAGCAGCUCUCUGGUCAUGCUGCUGCAAUAUGAUGUCCUAGGCCGUGAAGUGCAGCUCAUUGCUGCAAGCAGUGCACUGACAGUCGGCAAGGUCUCACACCUGACACUGCUCCUGCCCCGCCUGAGUGCAAGAUAA